CUACUGGAAACUCUCGGUCACCUUUAUCAAUUCAUCACCACCCCAGUUGGUGGACCCCACACUCCGGGCGGGAUUACAAUUCCCGUCUCCAAAGCAAUGACUCUCACCUGAGGGCCUGCGAUCGAGGGAGCUUUCCAACACAACAUUCUCACAGCAGACAUUAAGGUUCCCGACUUCAUGGGGUCCCGAGAUCUCAUCUCACUCCACGUCUUCGGCAUCUACGCCACACAAGCCACCAACCCUGAGACCGCGGCGUUCUGGGAUACAGUUAAGCAGGCUCUGACAGGAAAGCAGAAGUGGAUCGCCGCUGGGGACUUCAACCAGAUUCUAGAUGAGCGCGAUGCAGAUGCCACACACGCAUUGCAGCUCGGGCAAAGCAGGAACAGCUACCGAGGCUUCUUAUCGGGUACUAAUGGGGUGGAUCUCUGGCGACUGCAGGACGAUGUCAACUUGGAGUAUGAUUGGACCAGGGCAACUCAAACGGGCGACACGUUUACGUCGCGUUCAAUUAUUGACCGCAUCGCAGCUGGCCCUGACGUCCCGGGCGGGGACAUACGCACUUGUCAGGUGAUUGUUCGAGGAUCGGACCACAGGGGGGUCAUCUCAAACUUCGCCAUCCCGGUCUUACCCAAGACGCAAUGGGAAAACAAUCCAGCCGUCCCUAGACUGGUCAAGCCACGGAAUGGGGAUGAACGCUUUGAUGAAUUCAGACGGAUCCUACAGGCGUAUCUCAAGGAUGAGCCUGAUCUAUCUAGGGAUAUCAUCACAGAUUCGGACUUCGACCUGGUCUACAAAGCCGCGGAUGUAGCCUUCAGGGCAGCGUGCGAAGAAGCAUUUCACAGGCCAAAACGGCCGCCCACACCGGACAAGAUACAACUCCCCGUUAGAGAGCAGAGGCUCAAGGAGGAGAUCAACGCAUACAACAAAGCGAUUGGUCUGCUCAGACGAGGAGGAUUCAAGCACAUGAUGGCACAUCUGAAAAGGAAGGGCAGGCUACUGUUGGAUAAGCUGGCACAUCAGGAUACAUGUCUGAUGAUCAAUUUUAUCCAACGCAAAGCUGCCGAAAGAUCGACAGCACUGGCACAGAGCCAAGCCGAUCGUCUGUCCAGAAGGAUCAAACGAAGAUUCACCGCUAAAGUCCGAAGCGUUAUAUACACUGGCUCGGUCAAGCGUCUCAUGCCUAACCAGGCAAUCAGGAUGCCCUCAAUCUUACGAAUCAAGGAUGGGGGGUACACCCAGACUCCGAUUGAGUACAUUCAUGAGUUCAGAUCGCACUUCGAGGGAACGUUUCGAAGGGAACACCCUACCCGGGGGUCCAAGCCUUGGAUGGAUAGCAGAGUCUCUCGGGAGUUCAAUCGUCAGGCUCAGACUCGACCCCUCCAAUGGCCUCCCAAGAUCACGGCAGAUGAUAUCCGACUGACUCUGGACAGAGGCUCAGUCAAACCAGCGCCGGGGCCGGACAACUGGGAGAAGUGGGCGCUCAGACAAAGCGGCACUGAGUGGCUGACCUUGAUGGCAAAGCUAGUGAGAUACAUCGUUCAGCACAACUAUUUCCCGCCAAUUCUCAAGGAGAACUACAUAUGCUCGAUGUAUAAGAGGGAGGUUAUGCUGGAAACCAACAAUUAUGGAGGUAUAGUGCUUGCAAACACGCUCCAGAUCUUGGUUGCGUCGGUAUUCACCCGCACAGUUCAAGAUUACGCCAACGCCAUGGGCAUGAUCCCGGACACCCAAAUCGCAGGUCGCGCUGGGGCACAGGUGGGGGACCUAACACAUCUCCUGCAUGCCCUCGACGGCUAUGCAAACCUGGUCGAUAAGACGUGGUUUGCCUUGAAGCGGGACCAGAAGAAAGGGUUCGACUUUAUCCAUCAAUCAGGGUGGGAUGAUGCGGUGAAGUUCUUCGGACUGCCGGACACUAUCAACGUGUUUGACAAAGCCAGGACCAGUCAAGUAUCUUUGCGAGUCAAAGUUCGGACGCUUGUGUCCGACCCUAUAAUUACCGAUGGGUUGACCAAACAAGGCGACCCGUUCAGUCCUAUCAAGUACGUCCUAGUCACAGCGAUGGCCCUUUGGUGGGCUAUAGACAAAAAUCACGGGGAUGGCAUGUUGAUCGAGUCAUCGCUCCACAAUAUGGACAAUCGCAGGAGGAAAACCCCAAGCGCAUCAGCAUGGGGAUGAAAUCACGGUGACGAUCCCCAUGAUAGCCGCGACGGACGACACUAUCAUCCUGGCUCGAGACCGGGACCAGCUGAAGAGGCUCACGUACUCCAUGGAAGAGUUUCAGGGCAGGUAUGGAAUGGAGACAGAUUGGGACAAUCCUAAGAAGAGUGU